UCAGAAGGGAGGAGGAGGAAGGGGAGAGAGGGAGGACUCUAGGCGGUAAAAUGGCGCCUGUCAGGCUGGGGGAUGUGGCGGCAGAGGCAGCGGCCCUGCUUCCGAGCGGUUAAGGCAUCCCCCGAGUGUGGGGGGGGGGAGACCAGCUUCAGGCCCGCGCCUCAUACUUCGUGGCUCCCCCUCCCCUCUUUCCGCUCUCUCUCUUUCUCCUUCCUUAUUUCCAGCUCCGCGCGCCCCGCUCUCUCAGCCCUUCCCUUCCUCCCGCCGGCUUUCCUGCACUCAACCACCUAGUGCGCCUGCGCCGCGGGCUUCCCUCUUCUUCCCCCUUUCCCUCCCCCCUCAUCUGCCCCCUUCCCUCUCUGUCCAAGGACCCUACCCUAAAAUCUCUUGCCCCUAUUUAGCGUGUAUUUCCCCCCUUUCAGGGUACCCUCCUGCGGGUCCCCAAGGACUUGCCACAUCUUUUUACCUAUUUAGGGACAUUUCUCCCAUUUGGGGGGGACCUCCUUGAGCUGCAUCCCCCUCCCCGUGUCCUAGCUGUAGCUUAUUAGUGCUUGAACCCCGUACCUUUCCCCUCCCAACAGCGGGAGGGGGAAGGGGAGGCACUGCCCCCGGGGGCCUGGCUGAGCCGGGCCCCGGGGCCCCCAGGGCCAUCAGGGCCAGGGGCGUCGGGAUGAUGAGGACUCAAUGUCUCCUGGGUCUGCGCACUUUCGUGGCCUUUGCGGCCAAGCUCUGGAGCUUCUGCCUGUACCUUCUGCGGAGACAGGUCCGAACGAUAAUUCAGUAUCAGACUGUUCGAUAUGACAUCCUUCCUCUAUCCCCUGUGUCCCGAAACAGGCUUGGCCAGGUAAAGCGAAAGAUACUAGUACUGGAUCUGGAUGAAACUCUUAUUCACUCCCACCAUGAUGGGGUCCUGAGGCCUACAGUUCGACCAGGAACACCUCCUGACUUCAUCCUCAAGGUCGUAAUAGACAAACAUCCUGUCCGUUUUUUUGUACAUAAGAGGCCCCAUGUGGACUUCUUCUUAGAAGUGGUGAGCCAGUGGUAUGAGCUGGUUGUAUUUACAGCAAGUAUGGAGAUUUACGGUUCAGCUGUGGCUGACAAGUUGGACAAUAGCCGGAGCAUACUUAAGAGACGAUACUACAGACAGCACUGCACUUUGGAGUUGGGCAGCUACAUCAAGGACCUCUCUGUGGUCCACAGUGACCUUUCCAGCAUUGUGAUCCUGGAUAACUCCCCAGGAGCCUAUAGGAGCCAUCCAGAUAAUGCCAUCCCAAUCAAGUCCUGGUUUAGUGACCCCAGUGACACAGCACUCCUCAACCUACUCCCUAUGCUGGAUGCUCUCAGGUUCACUGCCGACGUCCGAUCUGUGCUGAGCCGAAACCUUCACCAACAUCGGCUCUGGUGACGGCCACUUCCCCCCCCCCCCACCCCCCACGCACACAAAUGGAGCGGGGGAAGGGAGGUAGAGCCCUUGGGCUGCUUGCUCCAUCCCCAGCCCAUUUCUGAGGACUGCCUGGCCUGGGCCAUCUACACUCCACUUGGAGGCCAGAUGGACAUACAAGCCCAGAUACUGAAACAGCCUCACCAUGUUCACACACUCCCUGGAAACUCCAGGUUGGGAUACAGACUGUGGCCUGGGAGGGCCAAAACAGCCCCCAUGUCAGGGGUGAAAGACUGGUCAGAGGUAGGGAGAGACUGACCUAGGAGGGUCAGACAGAUGCUAAACCAGCUCUGUUGUGAUUUGAUUUUUUUUUUUAAAAACUCUUGUAAAAAACAGCUCUAACUCUUCACUGCUACUGGGGGGGGGGGGUAUGGGAGGGGAACCCAGGGCUUCAUCCAGCCCACUGAUUUCUUCCCUCCCUCUCAACAUCUUGCCAAGUCGUCUCUUUUUGUAACCAUCUUCAGCCUCCUCCCCAUUGAACCAUGCAUUAUAACUUUGAAAUUGAAGCUGCCCAGGCCCCAUCUCUGGGAUCUUGGGAAAGAGGGUUGGUGGGCCCCUGGGAAAGGGGUAUUGCCCUAUCUUCCUCUACUUUGGGGAGGGUCAGCAUAAAGUUUUGGUGAAGACUAGUGGAGAGAAGCAAUGAAAGGGGAGUUUAUGUUUUGCUUAGUGGUGGAUUGUCUGAGGGAGGAGCUACGGUUUAUCUGCAUUAGGAAGAGAGGCUGGUUAGAUUUAGAAGUGGCAGAGGGGAGGGUGGCUGUUUACAAGUGCCCUGCUCUGAUUAAGAGAAUUGAGCAGAACAGGGUCGGCCCACAGGUUCUGGGCGGGGCUACGGUGACAAGCUCCUCUCCGUUCUUUGGCCCUCAUUGGUUCCCUGAUACAUCAAUUCUACACCGGAUCUACUUCCACUUCCUUGUCACGUGACACCCCCAUUUUUAUGACGCCUCACGUACCCCCAAGUCCUGUGUUGACGUAGUUCGCUUUCCUCCCUCAAUCUACCUUUUGGGACCUUAGUGCCCCAAGGUUAUGCGCUGUUAGCACUCCAUGUUAAAUCCAGGUGCUUUUCUGGUUUUCGACCUCCCAACUCCCAUUCCCACCUUGGCACUAUUUUGUUUUGAUGUCUGCAAAAUCCCCUGCGUAGCAGCACUUUCCUUAAAUCCAUUCGUCGUAACUGUCUCCAUUCUUUUCGGGAUCCCUAGUGGUUAAAAAGUCUGCAUCUGCUCACACCCCUAUGGCAUCUGAAAUAUAGUCUGAGUCGCCUUCACCGUGCGCAUCGGGACAGCGAAUCCGUUGCCGUAAUUUCGUAAAUCCG